UGAGUUUGUUGGUUCAGUACAGUUCAGUAGUGGUAUGGUGUUGUGGCGGCCGGUCGUGUCUGUCGCUCGAACGUUGUGUAUACGGACGGACGUUAAAUAAAUGAGUUUGUUGUUUAUUUGUUGUUGCAAGCACGGGAUCAACGUUUGAAGUUAACGCAAAAAAUAUCAAGAAUGAGUUCCAAUUGGUUGGCGUGGGAGUGCAUAGUGUUUGGAGUUUUCAUAGCGGCCACAUCGUGCGUUCCUCUAUGGACGAAGAGGAGAGAUCCCGUGGAGGGAACCAGUGCGAAGCAAGCCUACAUAUUCGCUGAGGGCGGGGUGUCAGUUAUUGCCAUGAUACUGUCAGUCGGCAGGGGAACGCUGGGUGUCAGGUCUUUUUUAGGGUUCCCCUCGGAGCUGGUGUACCGAGGCUCUGCGAUGUGGGAGACGCUGUACGGGAUCAUCCUGGCUUUCCCCAUCGUCUGCUUCCUCUUCGUACCGGUCUACUUCAAGCUACAUACCAAUUCUGUGUACGAGUAUUUACAGAUGCGCUUCGGCUCCAGGUGGGUGCGCAAGGUCGCAGCCGCUACAUUCCUUGUCCGGCAGCUGCUGAACCUCGCUGUGACGGUGUACACGCCAACUGUGGCGUUGCACGCGGUGCUGGGGCUACCCCACUGGGCGUCAGCGGCAGUGCUGACUGUUGUUGCUAUCGUCUUCAACCUGCUCGGUGGAUUGGCUGCAGCAAUCAGGGCGGAUGUCAUACAAACGUUGACCAUGGUGUUGGUCAGCAUGGCGUUCAUCAUACAGGCCACAGUUAAGGCAGGCGGACCUGGAAAGGUGAUCCAGGACAACAUAGAUGGAAACAGGCUGCAGUUCUUUAAAUUCAAUUGGGAUCCGACGGUACGCGUGGACACAUUAUCCGCAAUCUUUGGCCAGAUGUUCAUGUCAGUGUCCAUCUACGGUUGCCAGCAAACCUUCGUGCAGCGCUACUGUUCCAUGUCUAGCGAAAGUCGAGUCAGAAGGACCCUUCUCGCCAACGUACCAGCGGUGGGGAUCCUCUUCAGCCUGUCCUGGGUCGUAGGCAUGGCCAUAUACUCCGUGUACAAGAAUUGCGACCCGCUAAAGGCUGGAAGUAUUACCGCACCGGAUGAAGUGCUGGCGUACUAUGUGCAAGACCAGUACGCGUUCUUGCCUGGCAUGCUGGGUCUGUUCCUGGGAAGUCUGUUCAAUGGCGCUUUGAGUUUCCUGGUGUCAAAUGUGAACUCCCUGGCCACUGUCACUUGGGAAGACUUUGUGUCAGCCGCACCAUCCUUCAAGGGGACCAGUGAUAAACAACAGCUGACUGUCAUCAAGAUCAUCGGAAUAGUUUACGCGGUGGUGAUAAUGUGCCUCUCCCUGGCGGUUGGCAUGACGGGCGGCGUGGUCGAAGGCUCGCUCCUAGUGACAUCGGCCACGUCCGGAGCGUUACUGGGCGUGUUCAUCCUCGCCGCGCUGUGUCCCGCUGCCAACGGACGUAGCGCGCUCGCCGGCAUGCUGGCCGCGCAUUUCCUCACCGUGUGGAUGGCAGCAGGCAGGCUGCUACGCGUCGACAGCAGCGUGGAGAUGCUACCUCUGUCUGUGGCGGGUUGUGCGAACGAGACAGCGAACGUUUUUCAUAAGCCCCUGCCGGUGAGCCAGAACGAGACGUUGAAGCAACUAGCACCCAUCCUGCAAGCUCUUAACACCAGCCGCAUAUUGCCGACCGAAUCCACCAUACCUUCCGCUCUCCAAACCUUUUACUCGAUAUCUUACAUGUGGUACGCUGUUAUCGGCACUGUGACAUGUGUCACUAUUGGGGUCAUCGUGGGACUUUUAACCGAAAAUGACUCCGACAUAUACGAUGAGAGAUUGCUCCAUCCUCUUGUCGCAAAGCUAGCCAGGAAGAUGCCGGGUAAACCUAGGAAAUUCUUGAAUGAAAAUGUAGAGAAACCCGUAGAAGAGAAAGAGUCUUCCGAAAGAACAGAAGAGAUAGUAGUGGAAGAGGUGAAGCCAACGAUAGUUUUUACGACGAACUCGAGUAGAUUGUUUGAUGUAUACGAGACUAGGAAAUCGCCAUCGCCUUUUCCAGAAAGGACGAGAUUGUGAUGUUUCUACUGUGAGAUGAAUAGGUUUAGGACGCCAUAAUAUUUGAUGUAAUGGGACCAAACAGUGAAAGUUUGGACGAUAAUUUAAGUUUGCCAUAAUGUCUUCACUCGGAUUGUGAAGCGGUCUGUCCUCAAAUGAUUGGUUUUGAGGAUUUUGUUAAUUGAAUAUAUUGACUAAUAUUAUUAUUUAAGCUGUCAGAGAUUGAUUGGUGUGAAUCAGAAUUAGUUGGCCUCUUAAUAAAAGUUUUUGGAAACUCUGAAGGCUUUCAAUAUCAGAACGAUUACUGAAGUUAAGUACCAACACAAUAAUAGUAAAGUCAAUGUAGGUGAUCCUUACAGAAAGUUGCAGUUCAAGAACACUUGCAGCUUUAGAAUUUUCGACACUUAAUUUUCUACUGUGAAAUUGUAACUGUAUUUAAAAACACCUAAAUUUGAUGUCACAUAUAAAUUUAUCAGGAAGUUUUUUUUAUUCCCUAACAAGCUGACUUUAUUUUCUGUUGCUUUGAAUGCAAAACUAUGGCGAUUAAUUUUCGAUGGUGUGAAAUACCAUAACAACAUAUAGGUAUAUUGUCAACAAAUCGAAUUUAAUCAUUUAAAAGACAGUUAAUAAUAAGAGGUGCAUUUUGAUGAAUGAUUAUGUUUAUUUUGUAUACGAAUUUAGAUUUAUAUUAAUUCUUAAAGAAGAAGAUAUUACGGCUAUGUGAUAAUAGUGUAUGUAUUUGUAAAUAUUUAUAAUUCAUAAAUUUGUAACUUAUAGUAAUGUAUGUACGUUAAAUUUUUUGAUUUGAAAAAGAGUUUAUAUUUAGAUUUCAUAUUUUCACUAAGGUCACUCUUUGAAAAUUAUUCGUAGAGCUCUAUAAAUCUUAUUAUCAAACUACAAAAAAUUGCAAUUGUUUUUACUUUUAAGGAUUCUCUCUUCUAAACUAUGAGCAAUUCGCGAAAAGGCAGGACGAAAACCUUUAGAAAGCUCUAUAUGGAUCAUUCUAAUUACACAGACCUUAUCGAAUUCCAAGAAAUUUUAUUUAUAUCCUACUUUGUAGGUGAUCGAAGCGUAUAUUAAUCUGGUUCUUUCUGUAUUGGUAAACACUGGAUUUUAUUAUUUAUCUAUAAAGAGCAGAACAAUGCCGCAAUAAAUUUGGGUUUUGAAUAAUACAGUGUUUUUGUGUAAUGAAAAUUUCGAGUGCAGAAUGCGUUUACUCUGUCUUAUUGUCAUUAGGUUAGUUAUUAUUUGGCAUUAUUCAUGAUGUUAAUAAUCAUCAUAUAAGUAAUAUUAAAAAUAAAUACUGCGAGGAUGGUUUUAAUAAUUCUCCCAUAAGCUAGGUUAGUUUAGUAAAUUUAACUUUAAUUAUUUUAUAUCAAAGAUCGGUUUGUGACUAUCAGUUUAUGCGAAUGGAUUCCCUAAAAUCAUACAGUGCUGUUCUUGAAGAUGUCUUAUGAAUAUCUCUUGCGAUGAAAAGCUUAUUAAAUUUUUUAAGUAGGUGGACUGAAUCAACAAUUGUUUCAAUAGCAGCAGUCCUGCCUUUUGCUUAAAAGCUUUCAGCUUUGAAUAUUUGAAGACGAAUUUGAUUUGUACGGUGAACACAAUCCUUUGCUCCUGAGUCAUGAUUGUUAAUAUAUUUCAUAAUGUAUUGUAUUCAUUAUUCGAUACAUGUCUUACAAGCUCUGUGUAGUUUGUAUUUAAUUAAUUGAUGUGAAUUAUUCGAAUUCUUAAUUAAGAAGUCCGUCCCUCUAGUUUAGAAUCAGUUUCUUAUUUUUUUUUUCAUAAGUCAUCUGUCCCAGUUUUAGUAACAAGUUCACAUGCGUAUAAUGAUUGUGAUGUUUGACAGUAUUAUAUUUACGAUCGUUAAGAUUGUAAGUGUCCUUUCUUAUGUUAUUUAAAGAUAUCUAUCUUUAUUAGUUUGUAAAUUUAAAUCUCAUUAUCAAGAAUUAUUUUUAAGCAAACAUCGCCAUAUAGAGCGGUAGACCAACAUAUUCUGCCACGGUACAAAAAGCAAAUUAAAUAAAGUAAUUUUUCAUGAG